AUGAUGAGUGGACCAAAUUCAAGACAGUGCUGGAAGUGCUUGAUGGAGACUACCAGGAAGACGUAUGGUGGUGGUCGCAAGGCCUGCUGGAAAGGACUGCAGGAGCUUGAAAAGUGCUUAUUAACUUGUUUUGAGACAACUGCUGUGCAUGAACACUUGGAGUUUCGUGAGCGGGGUCAAGCCUUCACAAAGACGUCAUGUUUGUGUUGUCCUUCAGUUGAAGUGUUUUGA